AUGUUCCCGGAUACUGCAAAUCAUGGGCUUAAUGCCGCCACAAUGGGUGUGCAUUUUACAGCAAAUGAUGAUCAGAGAAGUUCAAGGGAGAUCCGGGAAGGAGUUGACAUGAACGACCAUGACUCGACGAUCUUGCGAGAAAACGCGCGACUGAAACAGGAGCUGGCAGAAGCAAAAGACGAGUUGAACAGGUUGAGGGAGGCGUUGCAAGACAGGGAAGAACACAAGAAGAUGAUUGAGCAAGACGCAGAGUUUCAUACAAGGUACUGGUUACCUGAAGAGCAUCAGAGGUUCCUCGUCGGACUGAAGAUGUAUGGGCACAAGGAUAUCAAGUCCAUUGCUCGAUUUGUGGGGACGCGCAGCUCUACUCAAGUACGGACACACGCGCAGAAGUAUUUCAUGAAGUUGGAUAAGCACGGGAAAACUCUGCAAGAUCUAGGCUUGCCUGAGCGGCCAGAGCAAGGAAACUUGAAGGAUGAAUCAGGUCUAGAUGAUGCCGAUAGCAAAAUUUCGGACUCCAAUCCUCGGAAGAAGAUGAAGAUGAACAAACCAGACACCAAGGGAAGUGUAUCCCCAGCAAGCUCCCGUGACAGCAGCGAGGGCUCUGGCCAGCGGUGGCAGCCGAUCGCCAACGAGGGAGUUCUUGGUGUACCGAUGGACCACCAGAAUGGGUUUACAAACAACUUUGCACCGGCAGGUGCAGGGGGGAUCGCAGCCGCAGGGCUUUCUAUCCCUACGCACCAAACCAACGUACAUCAACAAGCGCCACAGGCCCAGCCCGCAGGAUCAGGAAAUGUUUUCAUGGCGAUGAACCCCGUUGGAGUCGUUGGAAACACAAAUUGCAUGGGAACCAUGGGUAGCGUCCCCCAGUUCUUCAUAGCCGGCGACACUGCUGCCUUCCGCUCGAUGCAGGCAAGGGCGCAGGGUCUUGGGGGACCAGCGCCUUCCAUGGCAGUUUCAUCACACAUGAUAGGAGGGAUGCAACCGGCACUUCAAUAUCCACCGAUGCAACAGCCUGUUGGCCAACAACCACAACAGGCGAUGGUUAACACCUCAACAGCAGCCCCCACCUCAACAGCAGCACCAGCACCAGUUCCCUUUCGGUCAAGCCCUGCCUACCUUCUGGCCAACAGGAGCAUAAACUGUGAAACAACUUUGACAAGGAACUUCUUGUUUCAAGUCGUGGCUGUGGCUCACUACUGCACCAUCAAGGCAAGCGAGAUCAGCUUCAAGACCGAUCGUGCGACAAACUCACCUAAGAUCAACUCCCAACUCAACAACAAGGCCUCCUGCGCUCCAGGAUCCCUCCAGGCGCUGUUCGCCUGCCCCCCUGCGUUCCAGCGGCGGCGAUUCUUUAGCAGCAUCGUUAGCAGGCCGUCUCGUUGCUUCCCCAGGAUGCAGUCGCUCGACAGCUCGCCGUUCCGGUUCUUCAGCAGGCUGCUGCAGAUUUCGGGGCUGAGAGGAGGGACAGCGUCUGAAAAGGGGGAGGAAGGGAGGAUGGAGGAGGGGAAGGUGCAAGGGAGGGCCAAGAAGAUGAGGAGGAUCAGCAAGGAAAAGGAGAAAGACACGACCAUGUUCGCCAAGCCUCGAAGUCCUGUCCUCAAUCCGGAUGUCUCCAAGUACGAGGAGGAGCUCGAGAGCAAGAAAGGGGAUCUCCAUUAUGCCUUCUUUGAUCCGGAGACUAAGAAGCCAAUCUUCCUCGAGCAAUACGUCUUGGCGAGCGAGAGAAUCAACCUCCUGAUGAGGGAGCUGGCAGAGUACCUGCAGGAGGACGACAUGGCGCGCACGAGGCUCUACCAGGUGGAGAUGGUUGCCAACACAGACGAUGAGGUUCUGUUGUGCAUGGUGUACAAGAAACCUCUCGAUGAAGAGUGGGUAGAGUGCGCAAAGAGGAUGAGCGAGAAACUCCGCUGCCAUAUAAUCGGGCGGAGCAAAAAGAUUAAGCAUGUUAUUGGGGAUGAUCAUGUAGUGCAAAGCUUUGAGUUCGACGGGAAAUCCUAUCCACAGAUUUGCAAGCAAAUGUUGACCUGGGCAAGAGAACAGCUGGGGAAAGAAGGGCGAAGAGACGAUGAUCUCCUUGAGCUCUAUUGUGGAAACGGCAACUUCACUCUUGCUCUGUCCGCUCUCUUCCGGAAGAUCCUCGCAACAGAGCUCGACAAGUACUCAGUGAACGCUGCAAACGCCUGCGCGAAGGCUGCCGAAGUUGACAACGUGGUAAUUCUUCCUCUUUCGGCGGAGGAGGCGACGGAGGCAGUUCUACGAGGGAAACAAUACCCGCAAAUGAAGGGGGUUGACGUCAAAUCGUACAAUCUCAGGACGAUCCUUGUCGAUCCUCCUCGGGCCGGCCUCGAUGAUGCGUCAAGGGAACUGGUGAAUGGGUUUGACGAGGUUUUGUACGUCUCAUGCAACCCUGCCAAGUUGAUUGUCGACCUUGAAGGGCUUCCAAAUCACAAGAUCGUGAGCGCCGCUCUAUUCGAUCAGUUUCCAUGGACAGAUCAUGCGGAGGUUGCGGUGAAGCUUGUCAAGAAGUGA